UCCUAUUUUUCUGCUUUGAUCGGCCAUACCGAAGAGAAUGAAAGAAUUUUACAGUAUAUUAGUUUAUCUUUCACUGUUGAUUCUGCCAAACACCCGGCGAACAAGCGGUAGUAACGUGGAAGAGACGUCAGAACGGUACAAAAUCGACGGCAAGAUCACAAUUCAAGGUUUUAAAUCGUCCGGUACGUCUUGAACUUUGUUGAUUUGGAAAUAUGUUAAAUCAGCUAGCGUUAGCCAAAACAGUUGAUUCUUUGAAUCCCGUAUUUUAUCUUUUACACCUGUACUUUCAUUGGCUGGGAUGCAUGACGCAAGAAUUUUUCUUGCUGAUAUCAAUACGAUGGUCAUUUAGGAGCUAGCUUCCAAUCUAGAGAUCGGGCUAACAGCAUGCGCAUGUUGCCACCUUCACUUCAGUGAAUAAUUUUUAUCUAUUUCCAAAGCACAAGCCUAAAGUCUGUGGUCUUUGGCAAAUUCUUCUUCUUCAAAGUUCUAAUUGUGUGAAGAAAAACUCUUCAAGCUUUUAAGUAGCCAGGUACAUUGAUCGCAGCCACCAUCUUGAAAAGCCAGGGAAAAGAUUAUUUUAAACCCAUGAACCUCUCCCUUAAAAUCAGUUUUUCACUGGUCCCAACUCUCUGGUAGUAUUAACGUCCAAGAUGGCGGGAUAACGUCACUCCUGAAAACAAAUCAUGGAUCGUGCUCCAACAUACGCCUGCUUUACAGGCUAGCAAUUUUAGACCAUUUUACUGUUGUGGGCUUAGUAUCUUAGCCUUUGAGUGAACGUUAGGCUGAGGUUGAUCUUGAUACAAAUCUCCUUCCUUUUCUUAUGGAGAUUAUUUUUUUAAAAAUACUAUUCAGCAUAACAACGACAUGAUUUACAUAAGAAAGCAACAAGGGUUUUAUCAAAACUAGUUCAACUCCAGCCACAUUUCCACCCGUUACUGUAGUGGGCUAUAAUAUGGCAAUUAUGUGAUCAUCUCAAAAGUUUUUGGGAUGAUAGUCACAGUUAAGAAAAUUGGGAUGAUUUCAUGCAAGUCAGCUGAUCAUUUUUCAAGUUUUGCUGCUCUUCUUUCUCUCUGGCAAAAAGUUUAAGGAAUGUCAGUUGCAAAACUCACCCAAAGGUUAUUAAAUCAAGUUAGAUGAUUAAAUUUCAAUUGAAAAAAGUUGUCACCUUUUUCUUUCUUCAGACUGGAUUUCUCAAACCAGAGUUAUUGUUGAUGGUGGAAACUACAUUGGGUUUCUUAAAGCCGAUGGCAGCUUCACUGUUAACGAUGUCCCUGCUGGAUCUUACAUAGUAGAAGUUUUGUCACCAAAUAACAUGUUUGAACCUGUUAGAGUUGACAUCAGUGGUAGAGCAAAGGGAAAAAUAAGAGCGAGAAAAGUGAACUUUCUUCAGAAUUCAGCAGUUGUUACUCUUCCGUACCCUCUUAAGUUCAAAGCCAAAGAACCAGCUCCCUUCUUUGAAAAACGAGAACAGUGGAAAGUUACUGAUAUGCUUUUCAAUCCCAUGGUAAGUAAGUCAUAAGCAGUAGUAGUGAGUACAUGUCCUCCCUACUUUUGAUGGUACCGUGAAAUUCCGAAAAUAAGCCCUUGGGCUUAUAUUUUUCAAAGGCCCUUUUUGAGGGGCUUAUUUUUGGAGGGGCUUAUAUUCGGAGGGGCUUAUCUAUGGAGGGAAAUUUGAGUUUCAAAAUCGAUUGGGCUAGCCUUAAAGUUGGAAGUAAAUUUACCAUUUUUGCUUUGUUUUACUUUGUAUUUGAGGGCAAUUUUCCAAGUACAAGCCCCUGGGGCUUAUAGUUGGAGGGGCGAUUUAAUGGAGGGGUUUUUGCGUUGCCGGUUUGGGGGGCUUAUAUUUUAAGGGGCUUAUACAUAGAGGGGCUUAUUUUGGAAUUUUACAGUAACUCUGUAAACUGCGUGCUUCAUCAUUUGUGACCAGCUCUAUGGUAGCUACCGCAAAGUUUUGAUGCAGACAGUUAAAUAAUUAUUUAGCAAUUGCUAAAAUCAGUUUCACAUGUACCACAGUGGCCAUAGUUUACACAAGGUAUCCUUAUUUCCGUUGCAUAUUACACUUAAGUAUUGUUUCUCCCCUUUGUGCUGCUAGUUUCAUCACUGGGUUACCCCCCACUCCCCCACCAGUAUGUCGUCAGUGCCCAUUUAUACAUUUGGCUGAAGAGAUCAAAGGGAGGGCAAGUUUCUUGUCCAAGGAAACAACUCAUUGGCAAGGCUCAAUUCUAGACUGGCAGGGGUAGUUUGCAGAAUGCUGUAUGACUGUGAAGUUUAGUGAUUAGGGUUAGGAAACUGCUUUUGAGUCAUACAUUCCAGAUCAGUUCACACUGUAUAAUGACCCCAACUGGAACUUAAUUCACACAGUUUUUGUUACCGUAAUCACAAUUAAACAUCAGAGUCAUUUUGAUGCCGUUCGGCAUUCUGCAAAAGACCCCUACCAAUGCCAGACAAGUCAUACAAAGUGAUAACUUUUCAGUCAGCAGGCCCCUAUAUUACAUUGAACCCUAAUUCAAAUGUGAAAACUUUUGGUAAGCUAAAAGAAGAGAACAGAAAGGUCAAAAACUCUUGCUAUGAGUGAUAACUGUAACUGUUGAUUUCAGGUCCUGAUGAUGGUGUUGCCACUGCUUCUGCUGUUAGUUCUACCUAAACUUAUAAAUAGUCAAGAUCCAGAGACUCAAAAGGUACAGAAAUCAAAUGUACUGAAUUAAGAUGGCAUCCACCUGGAAAUUGAGUAAUUUCAACUUUCAGUGGACGAAAACCUUGUACCAGAAUAAUUUAAACAAUACCACUAACUUCUCUUUUACAUUUUUCAAGGGCUAUAGAUAUAAUUUAUUAUUUCAUGUGUAAGAUAUCAUUUUGUUAAAUUAGGCUCCCAUAAGAAAUUUUCUUUUAGUGUUAUUACAGAUAACUAAUUACAUGUAUAGCCCUGGAGAAAUACAAAAAAGAAUGCAAUAUUGUUUAAAUUAUUCUGGUACAAGGUUUUUGUCCACUGAAAAUUAAAAUUACUCAAUUUCCUGAUGGAUUCUGUCUUAAUACUAUUAAUAGUAGUGAUAACAAACUGACCUUAUUUUUUUACUGACUCUAUACGUCCCUAACGUAUGUCGGCACCAAGAAGACAAUCCCGAGAGAAUCCUACACAGGAUUGCACCUGAUUUCCACCAGGGUGUGUGAGCAGGAAAAGAUGCUUUGCAUAAACGGUGCCAGUAUUAUACUACAACAUGAGAAAUUUCUGCAAUUUGAUUGGCUUAGAGCAGUGGUAUUUCAGCUUAAUUUGAAAUACCUACAUGUGAAAAUUACAAACCUUGUGGGUAGUAGUAUAGACAAAUAAUAGCAUGACUUGUACGUGAUAUUUGGCAUAAAUACGUAAAACAGUUUUGAAAUAACACUCAUGGUAUUUAUGCCAGAUAUCACCACAAAACCUGCUAUUAUCUAUACUAAUAGUUCUACUGAAUACUGGUACUGCAGCCCACCUAGCCUAAAUACCGGUUACAGAAAAUAGAAAUUAUACAAUAAUUCCUAUUAAGGCCUUUUACAAAUGUUCUUAUAAUCCUUUUUCUCGUAGGAAAUGCAGUCAUCAAUGAACAUGUUCAAUCAGUCCAAGGAUUUACCAGACAUCUCAGACUGGUUUGCAAAAAACUUCUCUUCUGGUAGCAGAAAAAAGACCACAAGUAAGCCUGCACCAAAAAAACCUGCAUUGGCAAGUUCAAGAAGGCGCUGAUUGGUAAAGUAAAACAACCCUUUCACCUUAAGUUCAAUGUUGAAUUUCUCCUUUCUUGUGCUAGCAAGUUCCUUUCAGAAACAGUGUGGAGAGAUUCUUUGUCCAUUAACACUUCAAUUGAACUUUUAAAUUAAAUACUAUGUACAUUGACUAGUCUUAUGCCAUACUCUUUUAGAAAAGUGAGAGAACUUGAGGGAUUUUUAAACGUGUUUAAUGAAUUGCCAUCUUUUGGUACAUGCGAGCCUGUGCUAAUGUAGACCUCUGUAGCUUGUAUGUUUUGUUUUCCCAAUAGAGAUCCCAGGGGAACUUGACCCUUUGUCUUUUCAUAAGUUAUGCAUAGAUAUACGCUUAAUAAGACGAAAUUUGAAAGAAACAGUUCUCUAGAGUAUUAUCACAUAUUGGGAAAACAAAACAUAUAAGUUAAAUAGGUCUAUUGAAACAAGAUUGAACGUUGUAGGUAAUUUUCAUUCAGUUAUUCUUAAACAAUGUAAACACUUCUUUGUAUGUACAAAUGUAUUAGUAAUUUAGCGGAUUUUAGCUGCCAAAGGUUUAUAGUACCCUUUCGAUUCAAUUCAAAAAACUUUUGGCUAAACAAUCUAAUCCAAGCAUGAUAAACUCCUUUACAAUAGCCGGAUUCCUCCUACAAGAUCUACCCUAUUUGUUCAAAAGUUGGACCGUGCUAUUCGUUGGCUAAUGUUAUGUCAUUCAUGUUAAGUUAUGAGUUGUUUUAUUCAAAAUAAUGAUAAUAAUACUACUAAUAAUAAAU